AUGGUCUUCAUCCGGUUGACUAUCAAAGUCCUCCCCCGCGAGCAACUGCCCACCGCCUCCUCGUCCUUCUCGAUCCGUUCUAUCCUACGCGACCGCAACAAGGAGGAUGUCGACAAGAAUGGCAAUGGCGCAGCCGGGAAGCCUGUCAGCUUCCUCAUCCCGCUACACAACCCGGAGGAGGUGACGCUGGGCGCGCUGGCGGGCAUGAUACAAGAGAAAUGGAAGAAGCUACGGCCAGAUGCGGAGCCGCUCCAGAUCAAGAAGCUUCUCGACGACGAACACGACGAGGACGAUCUCGACGCCGAUUUGACAGUGGCCGACGUUUUUGUGAACAAUGGCAAAGCGCGCUCUGAUGGGCUCGAUCAGAGAGGGACCGUCCGUGUCGUCCAGAAACCUACUCCUUACGCUCCCGUCCGCUACCCGUCCGUGGCCCUGGACUGGGACAAGGCCGCGUUGGACUACGAGCGCAUCAAGGGGAAGCAGAAGAAGACCAAGCCGGAUGUUACCAAGUUUCCCACCAUCGAGGAGGAACCGCGCAAGGAUUCACUGACGGUGAGCUCUUUGAGCGAGCCUUACGGCAGCAAGGGGCGGAGAACCAGCGACGGUGCGUCGUCCAAUGUCGAGAUCCCGCUUCGGGACGUGCCCGUACAGUCGGUAGAGCGGGACGAACCCGAAGUCCCUCCGUCGCCGCCUCGCUGGGGUAACGAAUCCCCCGUUUUGGUGCACGACUCCCAGGAUCGUGAGCGUCUGGCGAGCAAGGAACUUGGCAUUUCACCGACUCCUGUUCCACCUCCGGCGAAGGAGCAGCUUCCUCCGGUAGUGGAAGAGGAUCCUUUCGUCGUCAAUGUCGAGGAACAAGCCCCUCCCGAAUCGGUUCCUGAACCUGCGCAGGAGGUGCCGUCAGCGCCACCGCAACCAGAACAACCAGAACAGGAAGAGGAUGAGCCAGUGCGUGAAGCGCCAGUUCCUGAAGAGCCAGUUCCUGAACCCGAGUCGAAACCACUACCGGAGCCUGAACCUCCUGUCCAGCAGACCCAAGAUGUGGAAAUGACUGAUGUCGAACCCAAUUCACCACCGCCCGUCGCUAAGAAUCAGCGAACUUCGCCCGCCGUCGUCAUUGACAACACGGAACGGAAGGAGUCAUUUGCGGAGAAAUUCGUGGCCGCGGCGAAUCGCAAGCGGAAGAAGAGCUCUGACCAUCUGGCACCUAAGAAGGAGCCUCGUCUUGAUCUGUCCAGCACGCCUUCAUCGACCCGGCCAAAUGGGAAGAUACUUGUGACGGCAGAGAAUCCAGAGCCACAACCCGCCACCUCAUCGCCACAGCGGAGACGUGAGCGUGCGCCUUCUUUCUCGAGUCCGCAAAGGCGUCCCAGUAUCGGCGAGCAUCCCACGGACCAGUCCAGGCCGGGCCUGGGACUAGGUAUCACGAGAAGCCCGCAAGCAAAGAAAACGGCGAUGCUCAAUUCAUCUCAAGAACCGGUGCAGGCUACACCAGUCUUCUCUCAACAAAGCGCCCCCUCAGAUCUUCGCUCCUCGUUGAGCCUGCCGAAUGAUAAUACUCCGUCCAAGGCGUUGAGUCCUGGCGUCGAACAGGUAAAGAAGCUCACGUCUGCCCUGCGCAAGGAGUCUUCGCCUGCCGAUCGGAAUCGCUCUGUGUCGUUCGCAGAAGAAACGGAAAUCGUCACGCCUGCUACGACAGCAUCCCGGGCCACUCCUAAGACGGGCUCCAAAUUGCCGAAAACCACGUCGACCUCUUCUGGCUCUGCGGAAAAGUCCAUCGGAACCGUCGUUUGGCCGCCAAAUGUUUCCCAGGAGAAAUUGCAGCAGUACCAGUCCGAAGCGGCGCAAAAGGAGAUCAAGCAGAACGAAGAAAAGGGGGGAGUGGGAGCGGAAGAUUGCAGCGGCAGAGAAGGACAACGCGGAUUCAGAAAACCCCGGAAGUAUAACAAGAGCCAACUCAGGGGGGUUGAGCGGGAGUUGAAGGAGAAGGAACAACAGAUCCGUGAGAAGGAAGAGGCUUUGAAGACGGCAUCAUCCGAGAAACCAGGAAAAGAAAAGCAGUCGCAGAAAAAGAAUGACAAGAGAUCUCCGGCCAGCACCAAGGCAAGCGAUCAGAAGACUGGCUCCAAGGCACGCGAUCAGGGAGCUGCGCCGAAGGAAAAGCCUGUGGGGCCGUCCCCUACUGUGGAUAAGCCUUCUGAAAAGACAACGGAAAAAGAUGCAGCCCCGCAGUCGUCUAUUGUCUCUGAUGACAGCAAUCUGUCGCCGACAGACAAGGUUCGGUCCUUGCAGGAGACGCAGGGCAAGAAGGACUCACCGGCGUCGAUGAGAGCCAAGACUACAGCAAAGAGGACCAUCACGAAGGUUGAUCUGACGCAGGACGACAGCGGAGAGACUGAAUCGGAGUCAGCGUCGGGGUCAGAAUCGGAGUCGGACUCGGAGUCGGGAUCUAACGAGGAGGCCGCAGAAGAGAAGACGUCUGAGCAACCCGCAGCCGAUUCGAAUGGUGCAGAGACUAGAGAAGAAGCGGAGGAGCCGGAGAUGAGCAAAGCCCAGAUGCUCCAAAACCACCGGUCUCCGUCCGUAACUCAAGCUGGCUCGAAGUCGGCCUCGGUUGCUCCAGCGACCAAGAAGAACGCAGAGGAACCAGCCAGUCAAGAUAGCACGGACGAUGGGGCUUCCGGAUCAGAGUCAUCAGAGUCUGGUGAUUCUGAAUCUGACGACGAGUCGGAUGAAUCCGAAGAGUCCGACGAGUCUGAGGAAGACGACGAAGAGGAAGAAUCCAGCGACGAGGACGUUUCUUCCAAGACUGUCAAUGCCGUCGACAUUUCCUCGCCAAUCGAGAGGAAGAAACCCUCGACUGCGGCAAAGAGCAGCGCGCCCAGUUUUAAUUUCAAUAGUGGCUGGACGCCCGUCAAUGGCGUGCAGUCGCCAGGAUUGUCGUCGUCGCAGCCGAAAUCCCAUCUCUCCAACGGGGUGUCGAGUCGGCCGGAUCUGAAAUCGCUCAAAGCCAUGAUGGAGGAGACGACGCAGGUGGCGAAGAAGAAGGCGCAGGAGAAGGCACCGGAACGGGGCAGUCGGGCGUCUCGACCGGGCCGCAAGAGCAUUUUUGACCCGCCCAGUGACAGCGAGAGUUCUUCGAGCGAGAGCGAGAGCGAGAGCGAGAGUGACGACGAUGACAGCGAGGACGAGGACGAGGGCACCGCGAGCAGCGGCGACGACAGCCGGGGCGACAUCCUCCCGACGGGGAAGGCUCAGAAGAUGCGCAAGACGCUGACGAGACGGAAUGUUCGCGCUGCAUAA